CCCGCAGUUAUAAUAAAGAACGAACUGUCAAUUGUCAUUUUACAUUUGUCAUUCUCAUUAGGACGCAGUUGGGGGUGGUUGUGCCGGCCCUAUUUGAAAAAUGUUUUUGUUCAUUUUUCUGUGUCUCAUUGUCGGUUGUAUCGGGGGCUUUAUAGGUAAAGACUCUCCACCGCAAUGGAACGAUGUAUAUACGGUCAAGGGUUUGUUAAACAUACCUUACGCAGAAUUACACGAACCGUUUUAUGCCUGGUACGACCGUAAGAAUGCUAAGUCCCGUAUCGAUUACUAUGGCGGCAUGGUCAAGACUUAUCAGCUCGAGGCCAGCGUGUUCCCGGAGUUUGGUACCUCCAUCAAGAUCGCGCCCAUAACAACGGAGCAAGUGCUUAAUCAGCAGACAUGUCUCCAAGUGAACGGCAGCAGUGAUAACAAUAUCAACGUCCAAUCGGUGCUGCCAGAUAUGACAGACUUCAAAUUUGUUGGCACAGAAACAAUGCAAGAUUCGGACACAUCAAAAUGGCGGAUGGUGAACACGAUCGGCGAUAAAGUAAAUAAAUACACCAUGUGGGUGAAAUACAGGAAGAGUUUGCGCGGUGACCCCAUACCUAUACCAGUGAGGUAUGAAAUGAAAGGCUACAACUCGCUCCUGGGCUCGCACUAUGAUCAUUACUACAUUGACUAUAGGGACUAUGACGUGGACGACAUUGAUCAGGGCGUCUUUAAAAUCGACCCGAGCUACAAAUGCACGUCAUUCCCGGGCCCCGGGAACAAGCAUUACGCGACCUUCAAUCCGAUGAAGGAGUUCGUUCAUCCGGUGCACGACGCGCACGUGGACGACGAGUUCGACAGAUUCCAAGCGAAACACAGCAAGCAGUAUGCGAGUGAAAUCGAACACGCAAAGAGAUUGAAUAUAUUCAGACAGAAUCUUAGGUACAUCCACUCGAACAACAGGAUGCGUCGCGGCUUCACGAUGUCGGUGAACCACCUCGCCGACCGCACUGAUGAUGAGCUGGCUGCGUUGCGCGGCCGCAAGUACUCCGGGCCCAAUCCUGGUCUACCAUUCCCGUACGGCAGCGCCGAGCUGGAGGACAUGAGCGUCAAACUGCCCCCGGAGUUCGAUUGGAGGCUGUUCGGAGCUGUUACACCAGUUAAAGACCAAUCCGUGUGCGGCUCGUGCUGGUCCUUCGGUACGGUGGGCGCGGUGGAAGGCGCUCUAUUUCUCCACAACGGAGGUCACCUGGUCAGACUGAGCCAGCAGGCGCUCGUUGAUUGUUCAUGGGGUUUCGGCAACAACGGUUGCGACGGCGGGGAAGACUUCCGCGCGUACCAGUGGAUCAUGAAGCACGGCCUGCCCUCCGAGGAGGACUACGGGGGCUACCUCGGCCAGGAUGGCUAUUGUCACAUAGACAAUGUGACCCUGGUAACGUCCAUCAAGAGCUGGGUCAAUGUGACCACUAAAAAUGAGAAUGCACUGAAGUUGGCAAUCUUCAAGCAUGGCCCAAUAUCGGUAGCCAUCGACGCCAGCCACAAGAGUUUCAGCUUUUAUUCCAACGGAGUGUAUUAUGAACCCAAAUGCAAGAACAAAGUGGACGAGCUCGACCACGCCGUGCUGGCCGUGGGCUACGGCAUCCUCAACGGCCAGAAGUAUUGGCUGAUAAAGAACUCGUGGUCCAACCUGUGGGGGAACGACGGCUACGUGCUCAUGAGCAUGAAGGAGGACAACUGCGGCGUGCAGGCGGCGCCCACUUAUGUGAUUAUGUGAGUUAUGUAGAUGGGGCA